UCUAGCUGCUGGGAGCAGGUCAUUUCCCCAGCUCUCAUAUGUCUGGGGAGGAAGCAUUGGGUCCCUUGGGCUCUCCAGGGCCUGGGACAUGCAUGGAGGACGUCCCCUCACUUAAGGAGCUGGAGCAGCUCCUCAACACUGGGCGGCCUUCUUGUAACCACGUUGAUGAAGUGUGGCCUAAUCUCUUCUUGGGAGACCUAGUAACAGCUCACAACAGAUUUGUUUUGUGGAAGAUGGGUGUUACCCACGUUUUAAAUGCUGCCCACGGCACAGCGUACAGCCACGGAGGCCAGGACUUCUAUGGAGCUACCAUUGAUUAUUAUGGUGUGCCAGCACAUGACAUCCCCAGCUUUGACAUAAGCCAGUUCUUUUUCUCGGCGGCAGAAUUUAUCCACAAAGCCCUGAACACACCAGGAGCUAAAAUUUUGGUACAUUGCGCAGUUGGAGUAAGCAGGUCAGCAUCUCUAGUCCUAGCAUAUCUCAUGAUAAAUCACCACCUGCCAUUGAUUGAAGCCAUCAAAACAGUGAAGGAGCAUCGAUGGAUUUCACCCAAUCGUGGCUUUCUGAAACACCUGCGAAAUCUGGACAUUCAGCUACGGCAGAAGAAGGGCUGCUGAAAGGACAAAACCUUUACAUAUGCUUUUCUGAGUUUCAGCUUUGAGAACCACUGUGCACACACUACUUCCCAGGAUCAGUACAUAUUUAAAAAAAUGAAGAAAGCUAUGCAUCAAAGUAAAACAACAAACAAAACCCAACACAACUGUCAGUGGGUACAUUCUGGCAGCUGACUUCCUCCAAGAUGAGCACUGCCAGAAUCAGCCCCUAAGCACUACCUGCUACAGAGCUGUUGUGCACAGUGUGAUCAUACCAGAGGGCUCCACUGGAGCUGUGAAGAUGGACUGAAGUUGUUCUUGAUCUGUGCUAAUGCCAGAGGCAAGUUCAGUAAUUGCAUCUAGCAGUACUGUAUGUUUGAGUCCCCUUUUCUCAGGAGUGUAACAACACCAUCUUCUUCAGUUUGGUUACAGUUUUCAUGAGAAAAGCUUGUUGCAUUGCAGGCCUGGUGAUGUGAUAAGGACAAUUUCUUAGGCCCUUGUGCUCUGCUGCAUACACCUUUGUCUUUUAUGGAUCUCUUAAAUAUUAUGCUGCCACAGAGAGCUGUGACAUAUCAGUGGAAUAAACUUCUGCGCAGCUCUCUAUGUGGUCUCAGGGUCAGCAAACCCACAAGUUUUUCUUAUGUAAAUAUGUUGACAGCAAGGCACUAUAUAUGAUGUUGUAUAUUGAGGAUAUUGAAAAAGAAGACAGAUUUUUAAGAUACUUUGUAAGCGUAAACUCAUUAGUUCUGUGUAAGUGGCUUUGAAUCAUUUCUGUUUUAAUCAGGUAGGAAACCUAGGCGUUUGUCAUUACCAGGGAGCCACAGGCAUAUGUUUUCCUGUGUUUGCAAGCUCUUGCCCACAAUAAAUGUAGAUUGCUUUAAGGGCCUUUGGGAUGUCAAAUCCAUGAAAGAAGCUGGUAAGGCUUUAAGCUAAUAAAGCACCUACUUUGCAGCAUCCCUCUGCUCCUUUACCCCUCAAUCUGCAAGCAGGCUGCUGAGCCCCACGCUCAGUGACUGCACCCGUGCCCCAGCAACUUGAACCUGAGCAAAGACAUUGCCCCCCAUUGCCUGUACUCAGUUCCUUACAGCUUCCCAAGUUUAAGCUGAAACAUAAGCUGGUCUGACCUAUUCCUUCUCAAAGGAUUAGUCCAGAACUUGGAAGGAAAAAGCAUCAAAGACUCAGGAAGUCCAAGUGUUACUUUCCAUCCACCUCUGAAUAAGGGUGCUGACUCCUUACUACAGUGUCUUGUCUACAUUCCAAAUUUCAAAACUUCAAUUGAAAAUAAGCCUAAAGCCCAGACAGUCAAAUCCCCUCCUGCCUAAACACUCUUUAUUUGAUUUAAAUUCGUCUUGUAUUGCUGUUUUCUAAAUUCAGCAGGGAACCGAGUUAGCUUUAGUCAAUAGCUACACUUAAUUGAUACAAGUUAGUUUUAAGCUGUUUUGAGGCUGUCACUUUUCCUAUCACCAGUUAAUUAGUUACUUAAGCAACUUGAUUUUUAAUACAGGAACAGCAUUUGCAAUUCAUGUUACCAUUCUACCUGAAAAUUACCUUGUUACUUUGUGGUGAACCGUGAAGCAAUAAUCAAAUCUGUUUUUGCCCUUUGCUACUAGUUUGAUUUAUUGAUUAGCUGCCCUUAUGAACUUUCUCUACCAGAUUGAGUAAAUACAUUUUUGCAUGCUUGUUUGCAUUUGAAGCAUCAGGUCUCAUUAUUUCCCUUCUGCUGGAGGAGGCUUGCAAAGAUUAUUAGAAGGCAUAAGUAAUGGUGACUUGUGGACUGUAAUUCUUCCUUCCCAGACCCCUAUUACCCUGAACUCUUGAAGAGGCUCUUGAAGAGAUAUGGAUGCUGAUUCUGCCUAGUGGUUAUGGGAAUGCAGAUAUCCUCUCUAUUUCAAUGCUUUGCAACAUAAGCAUGAAGAUCCUUUCAGAAGUUUAUUCAACUGUCUGUUCAGAUUUUCCUAAGUCUUGCCAAGGAGUUCCACUGGCAAGAGAAAGAGAAAACUUUGUAAUGUAAAAAAUGAUCAAAUAGAAAAUUGCAUUUAAACCCCACCAGUGCUAACAUAAUCUUUAUACCUCACAAAGCAGCAGUGCAGUGGAGGAGGAGCUGGGUUUGCUUUGAAGUUCUCCAUUAGAGAUAGGAUUUACAUGAGUUAACAUUUCAAUAUAAUUUAUACUUCAUUCACAUUACAGUAGAUUUCAGUCUGGAAGUCUUUUGAAGACACGGCACUGAAAAGUCUGAAAUUCACGUGAGUGAAAUAAAGCAUCUUAAUGGCUUUAGGCUGGGCAAAAUUAGACACGUAUGAGAAAGAUUGAUGGAACCUCCCAUCAGGAUAAUGCUUUGUGUGCCCCUGAACAUCUGUCCCACAAAGCCACAGCU